UGCCAUUUGGCUUUUAUAAUGGCGGGGUGAGCUCUGGCUUAGGAAAAGAAUUUCCGCCGUUCGAGUCAGGUGGACUCUCACUCUGUUCUCCCACCUCAGGAACCUGGCGAUUCUGGCGUGUUCCUGGUCAUCUUUCUAGGGUUCUAAUCUUUUGCCUUCAUGAAGAAAAUAUACAGGCCACGAGGAUGAUGGCCAACUGAUUAAUUGAUAUCCGUACAGAAUAUCAGCUGUUCAAACCCAGUCUGAUCUCUUGGUUGGAGGAAGAGGAAUUGAGCACAUUGCCAAGAGGAGAUCUCCAAGAAUGGCAACUUAAACCAAAAAGUAUCUGAACUUCAGCAGGAUAUUUUUUGGCUAAAAACAUCAAAUUGCCUGCAAAUGGCAGAAGGCCACCAUGCCGGGGAACUCUGUGACUGUGAACAGCCUGGAGAUGUCUUCAGUGAACACUCAUGCCUUACGACAUACAUGGUAACUGAAAAUACAAGAAACACUUAUGACAGUAAUGAGAAUGGAGAGAACUCUCCUCCUCUGCACAAGAAAACUCCUACUGGAGAGAAACUUUCUUUGUUGACUCAGUGUAGAAAAGCCUUCAGCCUGUCACCAGAUGUUCACCAGGGAAUGUGCUUGGGAGACAAGUCCUUUGCAUGCGGUGAAUAUGAGCAAGCUUUUGUUAAUCAGUCAUACCUUCAGGCACAUGAGAUUACUCAUGAUGGAGAAAAACUCUUUGAGCAAGAACCAUGUGGGGGAGCUUUCACGUACUCCACAAGCCAUGCUGUGUCUCUUCCAAUGCAUACUGCACAAAAACCCUACGAAUGUAAGGAAUGUGGAAGAUUCUUCCGAUGUUCUUCAUACCUUAACAGUCACAUGCGAACCCACACUGGGGAGAAACGCUAUGAAUGUAAGGAAUGUGGGAAAUGUUUCACGGGUUCUUCACACCUAGUGGAACAUGUAAGAAUUCAUACUGGAGAGAAACCCUAUGAAUGUAAGGAAUGUGGAAGAGCUUUCACUGGGCGCUCAGGCCUUACUAAGCACGUACGAACACACACUGGAGAGAAGCCCUAUGAAUGUAAUGAAUGUGGGAAAGCCUACAAUAGGCUUUAUCUACUAACUGAACAUUUUAAAACUCACACGGAGGAGAAGCCCUUUGAAUGUAAGGUAUGUGGAAAAUCCUUUAGAAGUUCCUCAUGCCUUAAGAAUCACGUUCGAAUUCACACUGGAAUCAAACCCUAUAAAUGUAAGGACUGUGGGAAAGCCUUCACUGUUUCCUCAAGCCUACAUAAUCAUAUAAAAACUCACACUGGAGAGAAGCCAUAUGAAUGUAAGGAAUGUGGGAAAUCCUUCGCUACAUCUUCACAGCUUAUCGAACAUAUAAGAACACAUACUGGAGAGAAACCAUAUAUAUGUAAGGAGUGUGGCAAAACCUUCCGUGCUUCUUCACACCUUCAGAAACACGUUAUAAUUCACACUGGAGAGAAACCUUAUAAAUGUACAGAAUGUGGGAAAGCCUACAACAGGUUUUAUUUACUAACUAAACACUUAAAAACACACACUGAAGAAAAACUCUUUGAAUGAAAGGAAUGCAGAAAAUCCUUUAGGAGUUUCUCAUACUUUAAUUAUCAUAUUUGAAUUCACAGUUUUGAGUAUUCUUGGCAUAAAGAAUGUGGGAAAGUCUUCAGGUAUCCCCAUCCACUUCUAAGACAUGAAAGAACUCACAGUCUCAAGAUCCCCUGUGCAUUUUGGGACUGUAGGAGAGCUAUUAGAAUCUAUCUGGGUUUUAUUUGUUUUUAGUUUUAAGAAUACGCAUUUUUUUCUCAAGGCAUUGGAAUCUGAUCACAAUGCAGCAUUUAAGAACUUACCUGGAGCCAUGUGGUGUAGGAAACAGGGAAAGCCUUCACCAGUUUCCUUGGGUCUUACUAAAUAUGUGAGAUCACAGGCAUGUCUUAGAAAUAUUGAAGGUUUGUUUCCAGACAAUUACAAUAAAGUAAAUGUUGCAAUAA